AUGUCUUCUUUAUGUUGCACGACAUAUCAAGCAUGUGAUAGUAAAAUAUUCUCAAAAGCAAUAUUUUAUUGUAUACAAUGUGAUUCAUUACAAUGUAUUUCAUGUGAAAAACAAAUUCAUAACAGUUCAAAUAAUAAUAAACAUGAACGAUUAGAUCUAAAUGAAAUCGCUGACGAAUAUUGUUCAAUCAAUAAAAGCCAUCCAGCUGUUUUUCAUUGUUCAACUUGUACAUUAUCAUUUUGUUAUUCAUGUUAUAAAAACAAACACCAACACUCAGAUGGAAGAGAACAUAAACUACUAAAAUCUAAAGAAGAACAAACAUUCAUUACAGAAAAGGAUAAUGAACAUUCUCGAAUAGAAGCAAAACCAUUUUAUCCACCUUUAUCCUCAGAUGAACAUAACAAUAAUAUUCAUAAACAAAAUAACUAUAAAAAUACAGCUGCAUCAACAUUUGCCGAUAUUGAACUAAAUAAUUAUGAUGAACAUUAUAUUUCACCAUCACAACAACAAAAUGAUUUGAAACAAACAAAAACUUCCACAUCUACUAUAUCUGAACAAAAACAAAAUACGAAUCACAUAUACAAACAAGAAAAAUUGAAUGAGCAACUAUCCGAUGCAGAUUAUCAACGAAAUCAAUUGAAUACAGAUUCAAAUGGAGUUUUUCUAUUAUUAAAUGCUCAAGAACAUCUAACUGUUAAUAAUGAAUUUGAUUUUAUUCGUCAAUUAAAAUCUUCAUCACAAGAUCCAAAUGUUAAAUGUAUUUCAAUUAUUGGUAAUACAGGUGAUGGAAAAUCAUAUACAUUAAAUCAAGUCUUUUUUAAUGGCAAAGAAAAAUUUCAUACAUCAUCAACAACUGAAUCAUGUACAAUGGGUGUAUGGGCAGCAUUAGAUGAAAAUCAACGAACACUUAUACUUGAUACUGAAGGUCGACUUGGUUUAUCACAAAAUGAUAAUAUUCGUAAUAGACUUUUACUUAAAAUUUUAUGUAUUAGUGAUAUUAUUAUAUUUCGAACACGAGCACCUAAAUUACCAAAUGAUAUGUUUCAGUUUUUAUCUGAUGCUUCAAAUGCAUUUCUAAAAUUUUUUCGAAGAGAAUUAGAAAAUGUUAUGAAAAAUUGUGAAGACAAUAAUCGAGUGGCUAGUGAUGUUACACCAAGAAAAUUUAUGGAAAUGGUUGUUUUUGCUGGAAGUUAUAUAUCAGCUCCAACAAAAAUGUUAACAGAAAUGGUGGCAGAUCAAAUAGCACCAUCAUAUUGGGUACCAAAUAAAGAUGUGAAUGAAUGUUCGCAUUGCAAACUAAUUUUCGGAUCAGAGCAUUCAAAACAUCAUUGUCGAGCAUGUGGUCAUGUGUUUUGUGAUACAUGUACAACAAGUCGUCGUGUUGUUCCAUGGAUUGAUGCUGACAAACCUGUUCGUGUAUGUGAUAAAUGUUAUGCUAAUCCACAAUCACGUCCACCUUCAGCAAUUCAAAAUUCAUCUUUAUCAUUAAUAGAAAAAGAUAAAUCAGAUAAUCAAAAAUCAAAACAAAAUGGUUAUGAUGUUGGUAGUAGCGGAGAUUCUGCGAGCACUGCCUCAUCCGGUGAGCAUCUCAGCGAUCUGUGUUUAUCUCCAUCUGAUAUUUUCGAUAUCGAGCACCCAGGAGCAGGGCCAGUUUCAGUGGAUAUUCCUGCAAGUAGACGAGUUUAUGAAACAUUUAAAACUGGUCUUGAAAAAAUCGGUGUGAAUUAUCCGAUUGAACUGAUUAAAGAAAGUACUCGACCAAAUUAUUGGCGACCAGAUCAUGAAUGUCGUGCUUGUUUCAUUUGUAAGCGCGCAUUUAAUAGUACAACAAAUCGAUUACAUCAUUGUCGAAAUUGUGGCGAUGCUGUUUGUGAACAAUGUUCACCAAAAAAACGUCCUGUACCAGAACGAGAUUGGUUAACACCUGUACGUGUAUGUAAAUCAUGCAAUGAAGCAAUGAACGAAUCAACAAGUGGACAGAAAUAA